AUGUGUGCAUUAAAAAAGCAAGGGCCUUACAUGGAAGUAGAUACUGGCAAAAUAGAAGCAGACUUAAAAACUUUGAUUCAACUUAUUGAAUCAAAUUGGAAAUAUGAUGUGUCUACACAAGCUGCAACAGAUUUAAACAAGAAAAAGUGGAAUAAGAUAACUAUUGUGCCUUUAGCAAAUGAUUUAAAAAUUCUUAAAGAAUAUCUAAAUAAAAAAUCCUUGGAUGCUGCUGCAAAAAUUAAAGAAGGCUUACAAACUACUGAAACAUAUACACAACUUUUAGAGACUGUGUAUUGUAGGAUUCUAUUAUUAAAUAGACGCAGACCUGGAGAACUUCAAAGAAUUACAGUGCACGAUUAUUUAGAAAGCGAGAAUCAUGAUAAUAAUAAGUAUGAAGAGUUUGAUCGUGCGCUCACUGCGUCAGAAAGGAUUCUGGUAAAGACAUUUAAACGUGUUGUCAUUAGAGGUAAACGCGGCCGCGGAGUACCAGUUCUGUUUAAUAAAGAAGUUCAAGAUGAUAUUAAACUAUUAUUAUCGAUUAGGCAUAUUUUUUUUGCUUCGACACCAAAUCAAUUUUUGUUUGGUAAUCCCGGCUAUGACAAUACAAUUUAUGGCUACAAAGUUUUGGAAAAGCAUGCCAAAUUAUCAGGGGCGAAACAGCCUAAAGCAAUAUCCUCUACAAGGUUAAGAAAACAUUUAGCCACCUUAUCACAAAUUUUUAGCAUGUCUGAAAAUGAUAUGGAGCAGCUGGCCACAUUCAUGGGCCAUACUAAUGAAGUACAUAAAAAGUCUUACAGGUUGCCAGAUGACGUAUACCAAACUGCUAAGAUAUCAAAGCUUCUCAUUCUUAUGGAAGAUGGAAAGGCAGACGCUUACAAAGGAAAAUCUCUCGAAGAGAUUGAUUUAGAUUUGAAUGAGGAGCUAACUGAAGAGCCCGUGGACAACAACGAAAUUAUAGACUAUGAUCCUGAACCUACUUUAGAUGCUAAUUCUGAUUACGUACAGACAUAUUGUAAUUUAAAUGAUUUAUCUCAGGCUGGACCAUCUGGUAUGCAAAAUGAUUCUCGACAACUUAUUAAUGAACCCGUGUCUCAACUAGGUAACAAAAUACGAAAAGGAAAAAAGAGGACGUUGGUACCUUGGACAAAGGAACAAAAGGACGUAGUUACAAAAUACUUUAAAUUUCACAUAAAAAAUCAUCAACCGCCUAAAAGAAAUGAAUGUGAGAAACUAAAAGAACAACAUGUAGAUUUACUUAAGAAUAAAGACUGGCUAAAAAUAAAGGUAUUCGUACAAAAUAUUUACUCUAAGGCUAAGAAAUGA